UGUCUGUCAUGUGCUUGUCCCCCAGCGCCCGCGGAGAAGGAGGUCAUCAGAGGCCAGUACGGGAAGCUCACCGACGCCUACGGCUGCCUGGGAGAGCUCAGGUUGAAGUCUGGUGACGCGUCCCUGAGCUUCCUGGUUUUGGUGACGGGCUGCACGUCUGUGGGCAGGAUUCCGGAGGCUGAAAUCUACAAGAUCACCGGCACCGACUUUUACCCUCUGCAGGAAGAGGCCCGGGAGGAGGAGCGGCUCCCGGCCCUCAGGAAGAUCCUCAGCUCCGGAGUCUUCUACUUCGCGUGGCCCAGCGACGGCUCGCGCUUCGACCUCACCGUCCGGGCACAGAAGCAGGGCGAUGACAGCGACGAGUGGGGGAACUCCUUCUUCUGGAACCAGCUGGUGCGUGUGGCCCUGAGGCGGGGGAGCUCAGCGCUCAAGGACUGGCUGCUGAAGGUCAUCUGCGGGGUGGUGGCCAUCCGCACAGUGUACGCCUCGCACAAGCAGGCCAAGGCCUGCCUCAUCUCCCGCAUCAGCUGCGAGCGCGCCGGCGCCCGCCUCCUCACCCGCGGAGUGAACGACGACGGCCACGUGUCCAACUUCGUGGAGACGGAGCAGACGAUCUACAUGGAUGAUGGUGUGUCGUCUUUCGUCCAGAUCAGAGGCUCGGUUCCGCUGUUUUGGGAGCAGCCAGGGCUCCAGGUUGGCUCGCAUCAUCUGAGACUCAACAGAGGCCUGGAAGCCAACGCCCCUGCUUUCGACAGGCAUAUGGUCCUCCUGAAGGAGCAGUAUGGGAAGCAAGUGGUCGUAAACCUGCUGGGGAACAGAGGCGGAGAGGAGGUGCUCAACAGAGCCUUCAAGAAGUUGCUCUGGGCUUCGUGCCACGCUGGUGACACGCCUAUGAUAAACUUCGACUUCCACCAGUUCGCCAGGGGCAGGAAGCUAGAGAAACUGGAGAACCUGCUGCGGCCCCAGCUGCAGCUCCACUGGGAUGACUUCGACGUGUUCACCAAGGGUGCGAGUGUGAGUCCCCGUUUUCAGAAAGGCACUUUGCGGAUGAACUGUCUCGACUGCCUGGACCGAACCAACACGGUGCAGAGCUUCAUUGCGCUUGAGGUCCUUCACCUGCAGCUCAGGAGCCUCGGGCUGAAUUCAAAGCCCAUCGCCGACCGCUUCGUGGAGUCCUUCAAAGCCAUGUGGUCUCUGAAUGGGCACAGCCUGAGCAAGAUGUUCACGGGCAGCCGCGCCCUGGAGGGGAAGGCCAAGGUGGGGAAGCUGAAGGACGGGGCCCGGUCCGUGUCCCGCACCAUCCAGUCCAACUUCUUCGACGGCGUGAAGCAGGAGGCCAUCAAGCUGCUGCUGGUCGGGGACGUCUACACGGAGGAGGCGGCCGACAAGGGAAGGAUGCUACUGGACAACACGGCCCUGCUGGUGACCCCCAGGAUCCUGAGGGCGAUGUCGGAGCGCCAGGCGGAGUUCACAAAUUAUAAGCGGGUCCGUGUCGCCAUGGGGACCUGGAACGUGAACGGAGGGAAGCAGUUCCGGAGCAACCUGCUCGGGACCGCUGAGCUCGCCGAGUGGCUGCUGGACUCGCCCAGGCUUUCCGAGCCCGAGCCCCAGGAUGACAGCAGCCCAGCUGACAUAUUUGCCGUGGGGUUUGAAGAGAUGGUGGAACUGAGUGCGGGGAAUAUCGUCAAUGCCAGCACCACCAACAGAAAGAUGUGGGGCGAGCAGCUUCAGAAAGCCAUCUCACGCUCCCAUAGGUACAUUCUCUUGACCUCGGCACAGCUGGUGGGCGUCUGUCUCUAUAUCUUUGUCCGUCCCUACCACGUCCCGUUCAUCAGGGAGGUGGCCAUCGACACGGUGAAGACGGGCAUGGGCGGGAAGGCGGGCAACAAGGGCGCCGUGGGCAUCCGCUUCCAGUUCCACAGCACCAGCUUCUGCUUCGUGUGCAGCCACCUGACGGCCGGGCAGUCCCAGGUGAAGGAGCGGAACGAGGACUACAGGGAGAUCACCCAGAAGCUCAGCUUCCCCAUGGGAAGAAACAUCUUUUCUCAUGACUACGUGUUUUGGUGUGGCGACUUCAACUACCGCAUCGAUCUCACGUACGAAGAAGUCUUCUAUUUUGUUAAGCGCCAAGACUGGAAGAAGCUUCUGGAAUUUGAUCAGCUACAGCUGCAGAAAUCCAGUGGGAAAAUUUUUAAAGACUUUCAUGAAGGCAGCAUUAAUUUUGGGCCCACCUACAAGUACGACGUUGGCUCCGCCGCCUACGACACGAGCGACAAGUGCCGCACCCCGGCCUGGACGGACAGGGUGCUGUGGUGGAGGAAGAGGCAUCCCUUCGACCGGACAGCUGGAGAACUCAACCUCCUAGACAGCGACCUCGAUGCGGACACCAAGGUCAGACACACCUGGUCUCCCGGAUCCCUCAAGUAUUACGGCCGAGCGGAGCUGCAGGCUUCGGACCACAGACCCGUGCUGGCCAUCGUGGAGGUGGAAGUUCAAGAAGUUGACGUGGGUGCCCGGGAGAGGGUGUUCCAGGAAGUGUCCUCUUUCCAGGGCCCCCUGGACGCCACCGUCGUCGUCAACCUCCAGUCGCCCACCUCCGAGGAGAAAGACGAGUUUCCCGAGGACGUGCGCACCGAGCUCAUGCAGACCCUGGAGAAUUACGGGACGAUUGUUCUUGUCAGGAUCAACCAGGGGCAGAUGCUGGUGACGUUUGCAGACAGUCACUCGGCUCUCAGCGUCCUCGACGUGGACGGCAUGAAGGUGAGGCCGCUCGGUCCUGUGCGUCCUCGGGGCCGUACCAAGGACUGGCUGACGGGGCUGCAGGCCGAGAUCCUGCGGAAGCGGGAGAGCCUGGCGCCCGUGUCGCCCACCGCCAACUCCUGCCUGCUGGAGGAGGGCUUCGACCUCACCAGCUCGGACUACGAGUCGGAGGGGGAUAUUCUCGAAGAGGAUGAAGACUAUUUGGAUGAACUGAGUCAGCCUGUGGUCUCAGACAGUGAGCUGGGCGGGGACGACCUUGCCGAUACCCCCAGCUCCAUGGCGGCACCGCCCAGCAAGUCACCUGCGCUCCCCAAAAAGAAGCAACAUCCGACCUACAGAGAUGAUGCUGCCCUGGUGGAGUUACAGCAGGAGCUGGAAGCCGUGGGGGACCGCCUCCGCUCGCCAAGUAGGUCUCUGUCGGUUCCCAACAGGCUGCCUCUGGGAAUGGCUGCGCACCUCCCCCUCCUGCACCAGCGGCUCCGCGUCACCUCCCGGCCUCCGGGCCCACCAGGCCUCAUGGUGAAGAAGUCGGCCUCGGACGUGUCCAUCUCCGGCACCCACGGCCAGUACUCGGUCUUGCCGACGGCGAAGCUGCUGCCGGGCGCGCCUCAGCAGGUGCCCAAGGCCAGGACGGGCAUCAGCAAGCCUUACAAUGUCAAGCAGAUCAAAACCACCAACGCCCGGGAGGCGGAGGCCGCCAUCCGGUGUCUGCUGGAGGCCAGAGGCGGCCCCCCAGGGGAAGUCCUAAACGCCACGGCCGCGAGGGACCAGGAGCCUUCCAAGCCAGAGCCCGUGGUGGGGGCAGCCCCACUCCUGCCCCGCCGGCCCGCGCCCAGAGUCCCUGCCAUGAAGAAGCCGACCUUCAGGAGGACCGGGAAGCCCACGUCACCGGAAGAACAGUUCGGGCAACAGACUGUCCAUUUCACAAUCGGGUCCCCGGAGACGAGCCUCGAAACCCCUCCUCUUGUGACAGUCCCUCCUGUUCCCAAACCAAGAACCCUUCCACCCGGGAGAGGCGCCGAGAGGAAGCCCGUGCCAGCCGAUGCCCCUGCUGGGGCCACGCCGCCCCCUGGGGGGGUAGCCGCCUUCCACCUGCAGGUGCUGCAGACCCACAGCCAGCUCCUCCAGGACCUGGCCCGCAGCGGCCUCCGCAGUGACGGCCCCCCGGCCCCCCAGCCCGACGGGGGCGCCCAGACUGAUGGCCACAAGGAGCCCAGACCAGAGGCGGCCUCCCUCCUGGGUGAUGGCCAGGACCCCUUCUGGAGCCUUCUCCAGCACCCUAACCUGGUGAACAGCGCCUGGCUGUCCAAGAGCUCUGAUCCCCUGGACGCGGGGACCAGGAACCUCAGGAGGGCGCACACAGCCCCGCUGCAGGUCAGUGGCUCGGCCGCGGAGGAGCCGCCCCCGGAGCACAGGCACCAAGACCUGGGUCCCUGGGCCGCCAUCAGCGACACGGACAAGAGGACGGUGCUGCAGGUGUUCGACCCACUGGCGGAAACCUGAGUGGGAGCCGUGGACAGCGCGCUCUCGCAGAACCGCCUGCCUUCCUCCUCAGGCAUCGCUGUAUAGACGAAAGCCCGUUGGCCUCAAACCCCGUCAGAAGAGACAUCUGUGUAAAGGCACUGAAGCCACGUUCGUACUUCUGCCCCCUCUUGUGUCGUUUACAAAAAUCGUGUCUCUUAUUCAAUAAGGUUAUUGCUCAGCCACGAGGCAUGUUUUAUUCCAGACGCGUGUGCAUUUCGAGUUUCCUCUCAGGGGCCUGGGAAGGAGGCCGUCCUGCGAGAGUCCGCGUGUGGGUUUUAGAAAAGGGAACUGGUGGAUAACGCCUACGUUCCCUCCCGUCGAAUUUUAAAUGGUUGUUCCAUUUACGUGUGUCUGUGGUGUUUUUUAAUUUCGUUUGUAUUUUACAGAUUCAGAGUAAUUUUUUGGUGCAUCACCCGGGGGGUGGGUGCAUAAAGUAAGGAUCACACUGAAAGGUAGUUGGGACCAUGAAGAGCCGUACCUGCCCGCAUCGCACCAGGUUAGAAAAGUCAGAGACGGAAGCAGCAAAGAGGGCAACCCAACGCCUGGGCUGCCCACUCCCUGGUGUUUGUUUAUGUGCAUGUCUGUAUUAACCUUGACCGUGUGGGAGACGGUGUCUGUACUUUUGGGGCCCUGAAGCAUAUGCCAUCGGCUUCACCUGAGCUUAACCCGGCUAAAGACUCCUGUGUCCUGUCUCCGACAUGCACACCCCAUAGACUGCUCCAGCCCUGCGCCCUGGUGGGCUGCGUAAGCCAGUGUUUACACGCUAUCGAGCCCCUUUUAAAGGAAACCUUGUGAAUUCUUCUCUUCCCUUCUAGUCUGUACCUGGUAAACGCACACAUGUGAGAACGCUAUGAUGACUGUCUGCUUUAUCCUGGUCUGUGGCUGCAGCGUCAGGAAGGAACGCACCAUGUGCCCCUUUUACAUAAGAAACCCAGGCAGUGUCUCUGGAUUGGCUUAUCUAUAUGUCUGUUAGGUCUACUUUUUACCUGCCUUUUCCCUAUACGUCUCCAACACCACUGCUUGCCUAUGAAAUCAUUUAAAAAGAAAUCGCCAUACUGCUCCACAUUGAAAAAACAAUGUUGGAAGGCCUAGAGUUUCAUUUGGAGCAGAUAUUAUGUUUUUGCUAAUACACUGGCAGAAAUCUUAGUGUAUCACAUGCCAUACGGAGGAGCCUCUCAUGUCAUAGGGUCACACAGCAAUGAGUCUGGGCUACCCCUAAGGUGACCAGGGAACUCCAACACUCAAUGCUAACGGUUGGGGUGGCAGGGAUGGUCUUGCCCAGGGAAUACCACUCUCUCUUUGCUGAUCAGACCUCUGGGUGUUCAGAAUUAUUUCUCAUCGCCACUGUCAAGGUACACUGCAGAUCAUUUACAUCUGGCACUCAAGACAAAAACAAAACUACGACAUUAUUUCACUUCAUCUGAAAACUGAGCAAAGAAAAAGGCAUUACUGACCCAUCGAGAUAAACAGAAUACGCGAGUUGACAUGUCAAAAAAAAGAUGGUGUUUCUGGCCCAAGGCGUUAGGACACCUUCUGUAGUAAGUGCUUCAUAUUAUUUUUACCUCUCUAACAAGUGCAAAUAAAUAACAUAAUCCUUGAACGUGUUAGCGGACGCAAACAAGCAGGAUGGGUAGCAGGCUUGGAGAAGUUCAAUGAUUUGCAGCAUUCAGUUGCUACUAGAGAACAAUUAGAAAUGGAAGCAAAGAUUUCUUAAUGCAAUCACUCUUUUUUUCUAUAACCUUUUUUCCCCACCAAAAGGAGGUGAAUUUGAAAGCAGAUACAUGUAACCAUCAGUUAGAAAAGCAGGGGAAAGUCAGUACCACAACAGUUGCUUGCAAUGCUGGGAACAGGCCUAAUUCUCAAGUUACUUCUUUGUUCUAGAAAACCAGUAGCCAGUGAGAGGUACAGGAACUGAAUCUCGGUGGAGACAGGUGCUCGUCACACAAGUAGCACUUAGGAAUCCAACAGGAAGUAGCAACACACAGAACUGUGUGGGCCUCGGGACGCAGGCCACAAGAAAAAGGACCAGUAGUUUAACAUGAAGAAAUGAACAAAUAUUAUUUGAUCACAGGUGUUCACAUUCAGUGAACAGCACAGAGUGGGUUUUGAGUUGAUGCAUGAGGCUCUCACACUAGCUUCCUCUUAAGAAGACAGUUAGCAUUGCCUUAUUUAUUUUUUUAAAUUGAUGCUUCAUAGCUGUAGGUUUCCUAGGUUAGGGGCAGGCAGUUGAAUAACCUCCAGUGAGCAGCUGCAUCCGCGAAUGUCAUUCUGUGGGGUUUGUAUUUUUGGUUUUUCUUUGAUGCUCCCACGCGGGGCUUUUUACUGUGACCUUGUCGUUUAUUUCAUUAUUUUUCUGUAAGACGUUGCAGUUCACUGUGGUCCUGUGUUUUAGGCAAGGCACUUUACAACUCAACACGCUCUCUGUGACUCCAAUCGCUGUCUUCCCUUGUACAAUGUCAUCUCCGACUUCUUGGCUAUUUUAAAAUUUAUUCCAGCAAAUUACUGGAAUUAGGACAUCUGUCUAAGCAAUUCCUGUAAAAGUUUUAAAGUUGUUGAAGCUCAAGACACUUAAUAGAAUUCUCCUGAUGUGUAUAAGCAAAGUAAUGUAUUAAAACAUUCUCUUUAUAACAAAGUGAUUUAUUCAGAAAGGAAAGCCACAAAAAUUAUUUAUUGACUAACUGGCAAUUAAUAAAAACCCUGUAAUGUUUAUUUGAAGUGCUCAUUUGUACUGAAAUUGUAAAAAAAAAAAAAUCUAUUAAAUGGUUUGUCUUUGUUUUGUAA